UGGACUUUUUACAUAUGGCGUCUAUCGCAGGUGGAAAUGGGUGGUUGUGCAUGAGAAGGCCAAACCCAGUUGAUGUUGUUGUGUAGAUACAGCAGCACAAUGCGAGGCAGCGGCGGUGGAGGUGUAUUUUGGCAAAAUUUUAAAAGAAAAUGGAUGUCUUCAAAUUCUGUUUUCACCUCCAGUUCGAGCGGUUUACGCGCUAUUCUUGGCCCCAAUCUCCCCGACGUCUGGAUCCCACGUGGCAGUAGCUACAAUGUUAACACCGCUACCUGUCCCAACUCCUUUGCUAAUAGACAGAUUGCUGCAAUAAUUGAUGGGAAGUUGAUUGCUCAGGAUAUAAAGUUACAGAUAGCUAAUGAAAUUAGAAGAAUGAAGGCUUCCAUUGGAAAAUCACCUAGCUUGGCAGUUGUUUUGGUGGGUGAGAGAAGGGACUCUAAAACCUUUGUUCGCUUCAAGUUAAAAGCUUGUGAUGAAGUUGGAAUCGCCUCUUCGGUAUCAAAGUUGCCCCAAGACUGCUCAGAAGAAGAACUUUUUAAUGUUGUGACAGGAUUCAAUGAGAACCCAUUAAUACAUGGUAUUAUUGUGCAACUUCCUCUACCAAAACAUUUGGAUGAGGAAAAGAUUCUAAAUUUUGUGAGUCCUGAAAAAGAUGUGGAUGGUUUUCAUCCCCUCAAUAUGGGGAAUCUUGCCAUGAGAGGAAGGGAACCAUUAUUCAUCCCUAGUGCCUCUAAGGCUUGCAUUGAGUUGUUGUUGAGGUCUGGAGUGGAAAUUAUCGGAAAAAAGGCAGUGGUAAUUGGGAGAAGCAAAAUUACUGGGUUGCCUACUUCCUUGCUACUGCAGAGGCAUCAUGCAACAGUCAGUACUUUACAUGCAUUUACAAAGAAUCCAGAGCAUAUAUCUUCUGAAGCCGAUAUUGUUGUGUCAGAUGUUGGGGUUCCUAACAUUGUCCGUGGCGAUUGGCUAAAACCUGGAGCAUUUGUAAUUGAUAUGGGUACAAAUACAGUAAAGGACUCGAGUAGUCAGAAGGGUUACCGGAUAACUGGAGAUGUUUGCUUUGAAGAAGCUAUUAAGGUGGCAUCAGCCAUAACCCCAGUGCCUGGAGGUAUAGGACCUGUUACAAUCUCUAUGCUACUUUCCAACACACUUGACUCUGCUAAACGUGCAUUCAAAUUCACUUGAAAUGAUAGAUUUUGUAUACAUUACACAUUUGACAAUCCUGUCUCUUUCCAAUUCCAAUUUCAUUGUCUUUCAAGUUUCAACUUAUGAGAAUAUUACCUCUGGUAUUUUACUUUGAGUAAAACUAAACUAUGUGUAGAAACAAAUUAUACGAAUUUAUAUGUACAAACUGAGAGAUCAGUUUGUGAUUGGAUUA